AUGGCGUUCAAUUACGAUGAACAGCGGCAUGAUACUAUGCCUGGAUCUAUCGAAUUAACGUAUGAUGAACAAUCACAAUCAAACGUCCGGUCAAAUGCAGCAGGAUCCUAUUCUCGUAGAGAAGACAGGGAUUCACAACAAAUGUCCCAUGAAGAACGGGCAUCAUCAGCUGCGCCCCAGCGGGCUACCGUCAAUGAUGCUUCCGGCAAUCACGAAAAUGCAUCGAAUCAGGAUCUUACGCAAACCUCUCUACUUCCUGGCUCAAUCGAAUACUAUUCCUCCCGUGGAAAAGGCUAUCAGGCAACAAUUCAGCAUGGAUAUGGCGCUCCAGAUCAAGGCUUGAACAAAGCAGACUCCGUUAUCCCGGGAGAUACGCCGAAAUUGGGAACAACGCUUGAUCAAAGUGCUCUUCAAAGGGAUAGUGCUGCCGAUACGCCCUAUACGCCAGCAGAGGAUCGAAAAAGCGCUUCUGAAGAAUUUACCGAAUUGUAUCAACCCGCUUUGCUGACACGGAUUUUACCGCAAUCUGCAUCCGGGCUGGACCCUUCAAAGGAUCAAAGCAGCCCCAUGCCGAAUGGUCAAGGCAACCAGUCCGCUUCGGAGCGAACACCCGGAGCUAUGCCGCCCACUGCCAUGCCUCCAGAUGGCCAUUCCUCGAUACAAGCGACUGAUGCUACCGAAAGAAAGCCAAGCCCAAGAGUUGCGCUCGAUGAACUUGCAAAAGAUAAUGAAACCACUGGCAAGCAACGAAAAGGUCGUAAAUCAAGCGUUAUGGCCGCAGCAGGAUCCGUCCUCACCGGUUUUGGGCUUGCUGGCAAAAAGAAGCAAGAUCAACGUCAAUCCUCGCAAGAUACGGCACAAUCAACUGCUGCAACGGGGCCUUUGGCAACAGGAGCCUCAAACGAGCAAAGUCCACAACAACCGGUGUCUCGGGUAGACGACAACGAUAAGCAACAGCAACAGUUGGCAUCGUCACAAUCUCCAAAAGACGUGGAAACGUCCGAAAAAUUAGGAAGCUCAAAAACCCAGAGUCCACAGCAACCAGUGUCGCAGGCAGAUUAUAAUCAGCAGCAACAGUCGACACAACCAUCUUCAACAGAAGCGGGACCUUCCCGGGAACCACGAGACACAUUCGGGCAGAACAAUCGUGAAUCAUCCUCAUCUUCCAUUAAUCAGUCGCCGACAAACCGUCCAAAUCUUUCAAUGCAGCAACCCACAAACACACAAGAUGGGACGCACACGAAAACAGCGGAGACGCCAAGAACUCAACGACCGUCAGUGAGGUCUGGCAGUAUGACAGCCAAUGUAGGAAUAUUGGCUGCUGCAGGUGGAACUGUAAGCGCGACUACGACUAGUGCGAUACGAAGCUAUUCUCAAGAGGCACCGCAAGCGGACGAAAACGUUGAUUCCACCGGCAAAAGACGCAAAAGUGUCGUUGGUAGCCUCAAUUCAGUGUUUAGACGUUCAUCCAAAGACCAAACGGCUAAGCAAGAGGCUAACAAGACGGAUCAGUCGCAAGGCGCUGAUAAUCAAGAUCCUCAAAAGUCUCAACGUCCUGUGUCUUACGCUGGUCCCCAGACUGCCCAGCAACCACAGCGGUCGCAAGCCGCUGAUAAGCAAGGUUCUCAAAAGUCUCAACGUCCCGUGUCUUACGCUGCUCCCCAGACUGCUCAGCAACAACAGCGGUCUCAGCCAACAUCUGGUCAACAAAGGCCGUUAAGCGGUCCAAUUUUUGCUAAUACCACAUAUGAAACUCAUGCCCCAGUGCAACCGGAAAACCAGACAACGCAACCCGUAGGCGCACAUCCGACGCGGUAUUCUGUAGGCGAUGCGGCUGCUGGUACAGCGUUUGGUCCAAAUCGAGCUACCACGGAAAAUCAACGUGCCUUCAGCGAGGCCGAUAUUUACGCACGACAAAAAGCAAACAAGAACCGACUUGACAUGAACGUCGUUGAGAAGGAUCCUACAUACUACAAUACGCUUGUCAAUGAACUCUAUCCUCUUGCAGCUAUGCCUCCUGUAGAUCCUCUGGCAUAUAUCAGCGAAUGUGACAAUUCCGCUAAUGCCGAACGACAGCCACGCGAUCCUGCCAUCGCACAAUAUUUCUCAGCCAUUAUCAAGGAGCGCCAAGGCAUGUUCAAGGAACAUGUGGCCAAGUUGUUCAACAAGCCAGAAAUGGUGCAGCAAGGUCUGUCGCGGAAAAUGGAAGGACGCCGUCAAAUGGAAGAUUAUCAAACCGCCCGACGUGCUUCAAAGAUGGGACAAUAA